AUGACUACGUGCCGUCUGCUGUGCGCCCUGUUGGUGCUCGCCCUGUGCUGCUGCCCGUCCGUGUGCGUGACAGCGAAUGGUGAAGGAGAAUCCAGUUCCACAACGACAACCACGACGACAAAGCCGCCAACUACGACUACAACCACGACGACUACAACCACGACGACAAAGCCGCCAACGACGACUACUACUACGACAGAGGCACCAACUAUUACGACGACAGAGGCACCAACUACGACGACCACCCGCGAACCGUCAAGUAUUCGCAGAAUUGAAGGCAGCCUCGGCAGCUCUGCGUGGGUGUGUGCCCCGCUUGUGCUUGCCGUAUCCGCGCUGGCGUACACCACUCUGGGCUGA